AUGGACGGAUACAACUUGAAACUACUGAUCAUGACAAGGAAGGGGACGGGGGGAGACGGGACAGGGGGGACGGGACUGGGGGACGGGACGGGGGGGACGGACGGAGACGGGAGGGGGGGACGGGGACGGGACUGGGGGAUGGGACAGGGGGACGGACGGGGAGGACGGGACUGGGGGGACGGGACGGGGGGACGGGACUGGGGGGACGGGACAGGGGGACGGGACAGGGGGACGGGGGGACGGGACAGGGCGGGACAGGGGGACGGGACAGGGGGACGGACGGAGAUGGGACUGGGGGACGGACAGGGGGGAUGGGACAGGGGGACGGACGGAGACGGGGUGGGGGACGGGAACAGGGGGAUGGGACAGGGGGGACGGACGGAGACGGGAUGGGGGGACGGGACGGGGAGGGACAGGGGGGGGACAAGGGGGGACGGACGGAGACGGGACGGGGGGACGGGACUGGGGGACGGGACGGGACUGGGGGGACGGGACGGGGGGACGGGACGGGGGGACGGGACGGGGAGACGGGACUGUAGACAACAGUAG